AUGCAGGAGAUGGACCGGUCGAGCGAGGAGAAUGUGAAGAUCGUCGAGAUGGACAGCGGCGAGCAGCCAGCGCGGCGCGGCGGGGCGAAGGGCGGCGACAGGCAGUUCUCCUCCGUCGAGUACCACCACGGCGGCAGGUGCUCGCCGGCGCCGUCGGCCAUGACGGAGCUGAGCCCGAGGGCGAGCAGCUGGCACGUGGAGGACCACCUGUCCUUCGGGACGGCGCACAGCAGCCCGCACUCCCACUCCCACAACGCGACGGCGGCCAUGGCGGAGCCAGCGGCGUCGGACUUGCCGUUCCCGAGCUACAUGAGCAACACCGAGUCGUCGAGGGCCAAGGCGCGGUCCCAGAGCGCGCCGAGGCAGCGCGUUGCCGCGGAGGCGCUGGAGCGGCAACCGAGCAGGAGGAAGGGGGCGGAGCACAGGAGCGUGCCGCGGGGCGCCAGGAUGCAGCGGUCGUCGUCGCAGCAGCAGGCUGGGUCAGCGCCGCGCCAGUCGCCCUUCUUCCACCGGCCGUGGUCGUCGUCGACGUCGGUGAGGCUGGACACGUCGACGGCGUCGCUCAAGGACAGCGAGUGCGGGUCCACCACCAGCUCCGUGGUCACCGCGGCCACCACCGUGUCCACCGUCUACAGCCGGACCCGCUCGCUCGUCGGAUUCGAGGAGAGGAGCUCGGGCUCGAGGGGAUCCUCCCCUCGAUCCAGACCGGGCGCCGCCGUGCGGGGGUUUUCUGCAAAAAAAUGCCACGUCGGCAGCUGA